GACAGAGCGGACAUGGGCAGAGCGAUAGUGGCCAGGCUGGGGCUGGGGCUGCUGCUCUUGGCACUGCUCCUACCCACGCAGAUUUACUCAAACCAAACAGCUGUUAAGCAACCUUCAAGUAACACCUCUCAGAACACCUCUACUACCCCAAAUCCAACUAAUGCCACCACCAAGGCAGGCAGCGGUGCCAUGCAGUUGACAGCCAGUCUCCUUGUGGUCUCGAUCUCUCUUCUACAUCUGUACUGUUAAAGACUCUGGCCAAGAAACGUCCCUGCUUCCCCAUCUUGUAAACCCAAUCCAAAUGGCGACCAGAAGUGCAGUGGGGCAAGGAAGAAAUCUAAUUCCACACCUUAUUUUAGCGAUGCA